AGCCCAGCAAUGCCCAGCAGACCGGGGGAGGAAGAGGUGGUAGAGCCCAAAGGGGACGAGGACAUGAUCGAAGACCUACACGAGGAAGAGGAAGUAUGAAAACUCUUUCUUUUUUUUAUGGGAGGUGUCCAUUUCCGGGUCGAUUAAGGAACAACAUUUUUCAGUCUCCAAGACAUGUUUUCACGUAUCUCUCUCCUUCAGCUGUAUUUGUCGGCAUAACUUUAAAUUUGAUACAAAGUCUGUAGUAGCGCUAUAUAAAAACUUUAAAAAACAAAUUGAUUUCCUGUACGUUUGCAAUUCUUGAAGAUAAGUUUAAGAUUCAAAUUUAACAGGAACAAAUAAAUUAACAACACAACAACCAAGAAUCGCCUGCAGAUUCCAAAACCCAAAAAUAACAACAAGUGUACGCCUGUAUAUUAAGAUAAUAUUCAUGUUGAUGAAUGUAUUCGUCUCGCGAUAAGAUACUUUUAUGAGCGUAAUUUCGGCCUGGAAAUAAGUCCAUCUGACUGGAAAAUCCUUUUACCCUUUGAAAGAUAGGUAGACUCAAUUCCGUCUUAAAAGGUGCAUGUGUGCGUCUUAGUUCAGCUUCUCUUUAUGGACAUUACGAAGGCAUUUGGUCGACUGAUUACUAAAAAAGAACUUGGUGCUUGAGGUUUAUGCUCUAUGCUGAAUUUUUCUCCUAAAAAUUUCUUUUUUCUCGGCGCACAGUAAACCUUAUCCAAUCACGCAUUCGUCACCGAGAUGUUCCUGUGCUUGAGGCAGGCUGCGUAUAAUAAUAUUCCAUUCCUAUUUACUCUCCGAUUCUUCACGCGGAUGGCUCAUGCUUUGGAUCCUUACGUUUGACUCUGAUGUUGCUUUGUCCUACUGCCGUGUCAACCAUUUUCAUCAUUUUACGAUGAUAACUUUAUUUUUGUUUCACAACACUCAAAAGUUCAAAAAAAAUCCCAACGAAGGUGGGCUUACUGUUUCUGUAUAUAGCGUUUUAAGGCCUAUGUUUAAAGAUUCACAACUAACGAAAGCUUGUUUUCAAUUAGAUGGCGGCUUCUCUCGAUCGAGUGACCGAAAUGGGUACAUAUUGAAGGACGUUAGGUACGAGAGAAACAAACUCUACGUGUUGGGCUUACACCAUAGAGUGACUAAGGAAUGCUUACUACACUAUAUUGAGAAGAUCAGCAGCUAUGAUGUGAAGCAUAUCCUAUGGUUUAAACCUAACGGUAGAGCCAUUGUGACCCUGAAUGCAGAAACUAUAGGUAAAUUAACAUUUUGUUUUUCUAGUUUUAGCAGCAAAAUUGGUCGUUACACGAGAUUUUUGUCUUAAUCGAAGCACACAAAUCAUACUUUGCAUUCACAAUAGGAUAUGAAAUCGUUGAAACCGUAAAAAAAUGGAUUUAAUAGUAUAAACCUAGAAAACUGUAGUUUUUCUUGAGGCACAUCAGGGGAGGAAAGAUGACUUGACGGGAGACCGAAGGGACUAAACUAUUGUUGAGGCAAAACGAGUAAUCGAAGGAGAAAAUGGAGGAAGGGAGAAAGUAAGGAAGGAAAGAUCUCUUUUGAUUAUCCGCACAUCGCUCAUUCUUAUACUUCAAUGAAACGAUAUUAUAAGUGAAGCAAAAUUAUUGCAAUCUUUGCUUCUAUCUUCCAGAUUUUCAGACUAUUUGCCGAGAGGCCGAGAAAAGGCCACUAACCCCCAAUAAGGAAAGGAAGAAUGAUGUCAGUGAUGUACUCAUUGAAAGAGCACCAGUUUGCAAGAGUAUAUUUGUGCGUGGAAUUCCCUUGAAUACGCCAGAGGAGGAAAUCGAAAAUCACUUUGAAAAACUUGGAAUAGUGGAGAAGUUUUGCUUCAACACUAAAGAAGUGAAAGAAAGAAGAGCCAAGGAAAUGAGAGCAAUAGUAUACUUUAAAAGUGAAAAAAGUAUGUCAACCAGACAUUUGAAGUAUUAACAAUAACAAUAUAGAGCACUGUGUAGGAGUAAGAUCUUGUGUUAGUCUUCAUAACAUCAGAGAUAAUUUUGGGGCUUUAGUGUUUCAAAAAUAACGCUGACAUCAUUAAAACAAGUUAACUCUAGUUUUUGGGGGGCGGGAAAAGUUAGCUCUAACUAUAUCCAGCACUAUCUCACGGCUUGCUUCGAUCAACACCAUACAGAGUUUACUUCUUUUUUUUCCUCUCUCAUUUAGCUUCAUUCUAUGCAUUUUACAUUUUAUGUUAAAAAAUUUAUAAGUUUAGUCAGUUAUAUUUCUAUUUAGUUACCCCCAUGUUUGAUCCGUCUUCUUUGGCCCUAUAUCGUCUAGGUGUAAAGAAGAUUGUCGAUAAUGAUAAUUUCCUUCAUGGCACCUUACUGGCUGUGGAGAGGUACUAUCCUUUCAUGGGCACCGUAGAACCUGCUGACUCCAAAAUUCCACAAUAUACCGAGAGCAAGAUUCCAUUUUGCGAAGGUCCUUAUUUCCGAAUGGUUGUAGAUCAGGAUACCAUUGAAUUUGUCAUGAAUAAGAGCAACCGGGGGCUUGAGUUGCAAGAAAAGCUCAGCGCGGAGCGAGCAAACAUAAAUUGGACCAAUAAAGAUGGAUAUGUGCUGGUCAAAUACUAUUCCAAGGGUCACAAACGAGACGAUGAAUUUGACGAGCACGAUUGGGAAGAACGUUGUCGCCACAUCCUUAGUGAUCUUCUGGAUCGAUUCACUUCGAAAGACAUUUCAGUCGAGAAAGAAAUCUGGAAACAAGUUAUCUAUGAGUUACCCCAGAUUGAGAGUUUGUUUCCCAACUAUUCAGCUCAAAUCAAAAAACUUGAUGAUCUCGAGGAGCUAAGAUUGAUCUGUCUCAAAACAGAUAUGCCAGAGUUUGAAAGGAAACUUUUAAAUCGAAUUGAAGAAGUAAAACAAGCGGAGCUGGAGAAGACUCUUGAACACAAAACGUUGACAAACUUUCCUAUUGUGAUUCUCAAGCUUAUGGAAAUGGUUGGCAUUCAGAGUAUUUUAAAGGAAAAUGUUCAUCAAGAUAUUCAAACCAGAAUAGAGCUAGCACAAAAAAGUAUUUUCAUCAAGACACCUCAAGGCCAGAUGUCAGCUGCAGUCGCGUAUCUUCGAGAACGCGAAAAAGAAGUGAAGCAAAAUUCAACGCAAAGCCCUCCAGAAAUUAUUGGUAUCUUAAAGACAAAAGUUGGAAAAGGUAAGUUGAAUACUGAAUUCAAGGAAUCUAACCUUCAUUGUACCUUCAAUAUCGAUGAGAGCAACAACAAGAUUCUGUUCUUGGGAAGAGCUCCUGAAGACACAGUUAGAGGCCGUAAAGUGGCUGAGGCGACGCUGAUCACUGGCAGACUUCACAUCAAAGAUAGAGACAACGACAUCCUGCAAUCAGACGAAUGGAAACAAAUUUGCCGCAACUUUGAAAAACGUUCUAAAGUUCGUUGUCAAAGAGGGUCAGUGACAGAAUUUCAUGUUUUUGGAUUCAAGAAAGGCGUCGAUGAAGUUGUAAAAGCAUUGACUAAAUUUUUAAACGAGAAGAAAGCGAAGGAAGGAGAAUUCAGAUUCAAUUCGCCGGUCCAUCAAAGACUGUUCCGUGAAUUUUACAAAGAUGAGAUAACGAAACUUGAAGAGAGCCUUUCGUUGCAUUCAGUAAAAAUUUCUUGGGAGGAAAAUGGAGAUAUGCAUUUCACUGGGGCUGUUGAAGGCGUGAAGGAAGUUACGAACAAAUUGAAUGCUAUGCAGGAUGAUAUAACAGAGGAAACUUGUAGGGUUAUCUUGCCAGGGAUGCGAAGUUUCCUGGCGAAAAACAAAGAGGAAGUCGUCGGAGUUGUAGAAAAAGAAAAUGAGUGCGUUAUCGAAAUACAAGAGUGUAUGGGAGAAUGGCAAGACCCGGAUGACGUUGAUGAAACUUCGAGCAUAAGUUCUGAAGAGGAAGCCUUUGAUGAAGAUGAUGACACCAUAGUCACCCAGGAAGGCAAGAAGAUUAUCUGGAAAAUUGGGAGAAUUGAGGAAGAAGAGGUAUGCAAAGAACCCUUGAUUGUCUCUAAGUCAUAUUCAAAACGAACCCUUUCAGUUGUUUAGCCUUCUGAGGACAAAAUAUUACGUAUUCCUCCGUGAUACUUGUUAUUUGGUAAAACACUUGAAAAAAGGGAAGUUAUACGUGAAACCAAAGAUAAUACCCCAUUACAAGUGUAUUCACCACAACGAAUAAACCACAAGUGCUAUAAAUCUACAAACAUUUAGUUAAAGAAAAGUGCGAACGACCAAUUUUUGCAUAAACCAGUGACUAUGAGCUACUUGAAUUAAGCUUAAAUUUCCCUCGAGUUUUUCUCAUAACAAUGAAAUUUUUUUGAUAGGCGGGAGUAUUAGUGUGUUCAGUUGGGUCAAAUUUGAAGUUGUCCAUCGGUGCAGUGGCGCGAGCUUUCAACGAAACUGGUGGACCAGCACUGCAACGUGCCCUGACUGAGACUGGAAUACAUUAUUUAGAUCCUGGAAAAGUUCUUCGCGUACAUUUACCCCUGAAGGCGGGAAAACUAGCCUGUGAUCAUGUCGUUUUUUGUGCGUGUUGCCCGUGGAGUGAUGGGGAGACUGCCGCUAAGCAGGUAAGAAAAACUUUAUUGGCUGAAAACAGGAGGAUACAUUUCUCUAACCCCUUACAAAUCCUUUUUUGCAAGCCUUUAAACAUAAUUUAAUCUUGUAUUCAAUACAAUCCAUUCUAAGCAUCAAAUAAACGCAUUGCAACCACUCUUCUUAACCGAAGAAUGACUUGUGGCCGAUGAAGAAAUGCAAAAUUGAGUCUACAACGCCUUUCACCUCAAUAAUAUUUUCAAAAGUUACUUUUACUCAGCUGAAAUAACUGUUUAUAACCAAAGAAAGGGAUUCAGAACUAUUUCUUAAUUCAAGUAAAUUUGAUCCUUCAAUUGUUGUCAUUUAAUGCUAACGUUCUUUCUGUCUGGCUAACAGAUUCUCCAGGGUUUAAUGAGGAACUGCUUUAAUGCCACUUCCGAAGUUGGGUGUGGCUCUAUUGCCCUACCUCUCAUUGGUACAGGAAAUCUUGACUUUCCACAUGAUGUAGCAGUCCAGGUCAUGGUCGACGAAGCUCUGAGCUACAGCAAAACGUUUCCUAACUCCCCUAUUGAAGAGUUUAGAUUUAUUGUGUAUGAAAAGGAUCAAGAAGGGAUCUCAGGCUUUGAAGAUAAAUUCAAGCAUUUCAAGGACGACCCUCAGCGUACGUUUCCUCUUCAGAAAAAACCAUUCAUUGGCCAACUGAGUGGGAAGAGAAAGAAGACACCUCCUUCGUCAGAGUCAAAGUGUGCCAAAGUCUAUAUCGGUGAUGUUUUAGUGGAGGUCGUGAAAGGAGACAUCACUGAACAAAGAACAGAUGGAAUCAUCAACGUAGUUCGCCAGGAUAUGCAAAUGACCACUGGAAAGCUUAGUGCAGCCAUCCUUGAAGUAUGUGGCGAGGAAGUACAAGAAGAGCUGUCAAAAUAUUAUCCUCAGCCUCCUGGGUCCGUUGUUACAACAUCUGCAGGUAAAUUGAAAGUCCAUUGGAUAAUUCAUAUGGUUGUUGGAUCCGGAAAAAUGCAGCAUCUCCUCAAAUGUAUCCAAGAAGCUCUGAAGGAAGCUCGCAACAAAGGUCUGAAGACGAUUUCUAUUCCAGCAAUUGGUAGCGGUGGCUUAGGUUUAAGUCCACAGGAUUCCGCCGAGGUAGUUAUAGGGUCACUUCAAGAGGUAAACCUUGGCACAGUACGUUCCAUAAGAAUUGUUGUCGUAGAAGAUUCUGUGAUAAAUGUCUACGAAAGGAAAUUGAAACUAAUGAAAGCUGAACUCUGUUGCACCCCUGGUUACACUAAAUUAGAUGACGACGAGGAGGGGGGAGCUGAUGCCACAUCGAUGUCCUGGUGCUAUCACCAUAACGUGACUGUGUACGGGCGAAGCAAGCGCCUUGCGGAGGCAAUACCAAGUUUGAAAGACAAAGUCAUCAGAGAAUGCCCGCCCACUGAUAUUAUAGAGGACGUCAUCGAACGUCUGUCAAGUCGCUGUCGAAGGCAUUUGAGACGGAAGGCUCGUGAAGAGGACGUGGGUCUUGACUUCUCCAAACAAGGAACCAUAACACUGACAGGCUUUUCCACAGAUGUGAUUAAAAUGCAUACCGAAGUAACGAAAGUUCUUCAGGAACAAUUGAAGAACGAACACAUAAUGGAACGGGCAGAGAUGAUGUCGCGUAAUGUUCAAUGGUGUUUCUUAACUGCGGAUAGUCAAUAGGAACCAUUUGAGAAGAUGGCUAAUUACGAAAUCGAAACAGCACAACAGUCAAAUGAGCCAUCUGUUUACUUCACUCAUAGGAAAUGGCAAGCCAAAAUAGUUUUCGCUCAGGAAAACGUCACCUUUAAUAUAACUGGGGCAGUGAGGAAGGUCUUUCGUAGGGAUGGUAAGCGAUUACUUUAGAUGGCCAUUUCGCGGGCUUUGAGCCCCACCCUUGAACCUUUGCAGAAAGCCUUACUUAAAAAGUUGAAUGCGGUUGAUGAUAAUUCUUACCAACCGAAAUUGAAAUAGAAGGUUUUGCAAAGUUACGGCUCUGCUAUUGUUACUUGUUAAGUCGAGACGAUUACAAGGACAAGUUCAGCAAUGACCUGUGAGAUGCAGUUUGUUCACGUUAUAAGCACUGAUUGAUAAUGAUACUAAGACCGAGUGGAGUUUAAUUCGGUCUGUAAUCAUAUGAGUGAUUGACGAAAUCGGACGACCGCGAAGCGAGUCCGAUUUGUCAAUCACGAAUAUGAUUACUGACCGAAUUGGACGAGACAAAGUCCUGUUACAAUUUAAUCAUAACCGUUACAAUUUCUGAAAAUAAAAUUCAUUUAGGACAAUUAUCUCUGGUAAAGACAAUUUCUGAAGUAGAAAUACCUCCAUUUUGGAAAUUCUCAGUUUUUUUUUUUAGGAUAUGUUGUGUUGCUAUGAUUAUUGUGAUCAAUUUUGUGAUUGGUGAAUCAAGUUGAGCGGACUUAGUAUGAUUGGCUGCUUCAACUGUGAGAUUACAAGUGUCUGUUUACAGCUAACUUUCCGGGUACUCUGUCCAAUUACAACUACACAGAAUAAUCAGUGAAUAAUAAAGCAGCUGAUGCACCAAACGCAAUUGAGGAAAUUUUAACGUUUACGGUUAAUGCUAUUUAAUGAUAUAGGUGUAUUGAAAUGUAUAUGAUUUAGGGUUCCUUACCAAUAUUUUCUACAUCCACGUCAAAUAGUGUUGCCACUCCCAAAGAACUGGGACUGCCAUCCCUUGGAUGCCAAGAAGAGAGAAGUGAAGGUCCAUUCAAUGCGUCUUGAUGCAGAUUCACCGGAGUACAAAGACGUUAAUGAGAAAUUCGUGGAAUCAAUUUCCGAGAAUGUCUGUGUAACAAGUAUUCAGAGGAUCCAGAACCCAUCAAUGUAUCGUUCCUACGCCACGAAAAAACAAAGUAUGGACGAGAAAAAUGGAAACCACAGAAACGAGUGGUGCCUAUUCCACGGUACAGCAUAUCAUAACGUCAAGGACAUAAACGCACAUGGGUUAAAUCGAAGCUUCUGUGGUAGGAAUGGUAAGUGUUUCACCUACGAGUUCAAAUCUUGGUGAAAAUCUAUCGUAAGUUACCUUUAUUCGUGUGCAAAAACGUGAAAGGACUCUUCAAUUGCCUACUUGAUCAGCAAACAUUCUAUGAGGUCCUGAUUAACUGGAAGAGCCCACCCUUUUGUUGAGAAAAUGCCAUUAACAUGAACUCGCACUAAUAAAAAAGCUAUGAUCGUGUUUUCUCGUUUAGAAGGUAGGACCCUGAUCAACGCAGUUCUUAGAAACAAACCUACUUAGAUCCUCCACCUUUCAUUAAUUGUUCAUCCUUCUUCUUUUCUAACUUUUUUACUUCAACUGAGGCUUUGGGACGAUGAGGACUCUUCUUUAAACCGGUAAAGAUUGUUUUAAAGCGUUAAUAUGUCCCAGAAGUGUUGUUCUCCAGAAAAUUUUGCUUUAAAAUCGUACAAAAUUCAAAAUUUUCAACAAAAAGCUACGCAAUUUUCUGGUUGUAGGUUCUAGUAAACAACAAAUCUGCCACACGAGUCACGUAAAUGCAAGUAAUUUGUAAGUUUUUUGCUUCGUUUUUCGAACUGCAGACAUUUUUUUUAAGUGUUGAUAUGUCCUUGGGUUUAACAGAAGAUUUUAUUUCUAAAAUCGAACAAUUUCAGAAUUUUCUAAAUUUCCAAUAUUAAACAUACGCAAUUUUCUGGUUUUGAAUUUCAGUAAACAACGAUUUAAGUGUGCUGAAUCUACUACGCGGUCUCGUACAUGCAAUAACCCAGUUCACUUUUCGCUUCUGAGCAGAAAAUCUUCAAUUCUUUGAAUAAAGAUUUGGCCUCGAAGUAUUUCUUGGUCGUUUUGGCUUUGUCAUAGUUUUUAGGUAUAAAACGAUUACCUGUAAACCCGACACCGUUGUAGUAAACUCUUUGUUCGUGCGUGACUUGUGUUUGCAUGCUAUGUUCUAAAAGAAUUGGUAAUGCUUUAAGCUGUGCGUAUAUCGAGUUGUGAACGUACUUGAGAAGCUUGGAGAGAAGCAAGAGCUGCUCUCGGCUACGCCUCGAGUAAGUCUAACGCUUCUCACGUGCUCUCCAAACCUCCCGCGUGUAUCCAUAAAUCUACAUACGCACGCUACGCAUAACCCAAUCAUUCAAUAAACUGAGAUAGCUUUUUUAACUGGCUAACAACUAAUUUUACCCGCAGGUGCGACUUAUGGAGAUGGUGUUUAUUUCGCGACUGAGUCUUGUUACUCUUUAUCUUUCUCGAAGCCACCCAACAGCAAGGGAGAGUACUGCAUGUAUCUUGCAAAAGUGCUAGCGGGUAAAUACGCAGAUGGCGAGAAAGGGAUGAGGCAACCACCACCCAUUGACCAAGAGAGACUUGACCUUCGAUUUGAUUCGGUGGUAGACAACUCAGACGAUCCUUCUAUAUUCGUCAUAUUCCAUGACGAUCAGUGUUAUCCUGAAUACCUUAUUACCUUUACGCGGUCAGCCGACGGUUACGCUGCAACGUAAAUUAAGUUUUACGUACCUCGGGAGUAACUGGCGUAAACAAACCAAAAAAGCUUUGGAUAACUUGCGUAAAAGUGACACAUACAGUGUGUAAACAAAAUUGUUUUAUUAUCCAAGAUGGUAUUUUGUUUCAUCACACUUUUAAGAACAGAUUCAUGCAAUAGUGCUUUCCCUAGGGUGCAGGAAACUAAUUCGUUAAGGUUAUUGAAAGAAAUUAGAUUACUGCGGUGACUCGUCACAAAUUAAAUGGUGGUGCUUUGUGACUUUUGUAGGCCAGAUCAAGCGUUCCGUUAGAGACUUAAUCUUUGUGAAUAUUUUUCGAAAUGUGAAAUGACACGAUUAAAAGAUACAUUUUUGACGUUUGAAAUGGACAGUUCGGUAAGAAGUUAUGGAAAAUGUUGUGGUUCAUGGAGGUUUCGUAGACAAAUGAACCGUUUAAUCGUUUCAUAUAUUUUUCGCAAUUCUUUAUAGUUUUCACCUUCUAAUGUCUUUAGAUUAGUGUGUUAAUGACCUCUUACAACCCAAGAAUGAGGUCGUUACGGGAAAACCUCAAACUGAGCACUUGCUAUGUUGACUAAGCGAAAACGAUCCAUAAUCGGCCCAGGUCAUUACGGGAGGAAAAUGUCCACCUUUCAUAUAGAUCAGAGUCCUUCAAAACAUGCGAUAUAUCAGACAAAAACCCAGAAAGGAUUUUUAGCUUUACUGUAC